AUGUCGCCGAAAUGUUUUGUCGAUGAAUCAACUUCAAAUGGUGAUGAUGUGCCAGUUGUAUGUCGUUUAUUUUUUCAAAAUCCUGUUACUAAUCUACGAUUAGAUAUUAAUGGGCUUGAUUUAUAUACAAGUUCAGUAAUUGGUAAAGAUCGUUAUAUACUUCAUCAACAAUUAAAAGAUAGUGUAUAUAAACGUCUAAAAUAA